AGGUCACGUUAUUCCCGUAAUUUUCUACUCCUGUUUCCUUUCUAGAAAUUUCACAUUUCUCCCCUAAAAAAUAAUCAUUCUCUCUCUCUCUUUCUCUGUUUGCUUUUUUUUUUUUUUUCUCCAUUUCCAUCGAAGCACAUACAUUUGAAGCUUUGAACUUUAUUUUUCCAUUUCUUUCUUCCUUUUUUUUUUUUUGGUUGGGUUUAAGGGAUUGAAAUCGUUUGUCAGCUCUGUUUCUGGCGCCUUUCUGCAUGCAAUUGCAUUGGUGAAAGGCACUGGAAGCUUUUCUCUUUGCACUGGACAGCGUAGAGACAUGAAGGAAGCAAACCACGGUGAAACUUGGCUAAGUUGAAACAAAGUUGGUGAACUGUGGUUGUAAUAGGAAGCGGCAAAAAAGAUGGCUUCUGUGCUGGCUCUGUUACCAAAACUGGGCUCUUUGGGUACUUCAGAUCAUGCAGAAGUUGUAUCCAUUAACCUCUUUGUGGCACUCCUUUGCGCUUGCAUCGUCCUUGGUCAUCUCUUGGAGGAGAACCGCUGGAUAAAUGAGUCCAUUACUGCCCUCAUAAUUGGAUUGGGUACAGGAGUUGUUAUCUUGCUCAUAAGUGGGGGAAAGAGCUCACACCUUCUGGUGUUCAGUGAAGAUCUCUUUUUCAUAUAUCUACUUCCUCCAAUCAUAUUUAAUGCAGGGUUUCAGGUAAAAAAGAAGCAGUUUUUCGUGAACUUCAUUACCAUAAUGAUGUUUGGAGCCAUUGGUACACUGGUCUCAUGUGCAAUUAUUUCGUUAGGUGCCAUUCAAUUCUUCAAGAAGUUGGACAUUGGAUUUCUAGAUAUUGGGGAUUAUCUCGCAAUUGGAGCAAUAUUUGCUGCCACAGAUUCCGUCUGCACAUUGCAGGUCCUACAUCAGGAUGAGACACCCCUCCUUUACAGUCUUGUAUUUGGAGAAGGAGUUGUAAAUGAUGCUACAUCAGUGGUGCUUUUCAACGCUAUUCAAAACUUUGACCUUUCAAGCGUGAAUCUCAGUAUAGCCCUCCAUUUCCUUGGCAACUUCUUCUAUCUGUUUCUUGCUAGCACUUUACUGGGAGCACUAACAGGUCUUCUUAGUGCUUACAUUAUCAAGAAGCUGUAUUUUGGCAGGCACUCCACAGAUCGUGAGGUUGCCCUUAUGAUGCUUAUGGCUUACUUAUCAUACAUGUUAGCUGAACUAUUCUAUUUGAGUGGGAUUCUCACUGUAUUUUUCUGUGGUAUUGUGAUGUCCCAUUACACUUGGCACAAUGUGACUGAGAGUUCAAGAGUCACUACGAGGCACGCUUUUGCAACUUUGUCAUUUCUUGCUGAGACUUUCCUCUUCCUCUAUGUCGGUAUGGAUGCUUUGGAUAUCGAGAAGUGGAAAUUUGUUAGUGAUAGUCCUGGAUUAUCAGUUGCAGUGAGUUCAAUACUGAUGGGACUAAUCUUGCUGGGGAGAGCUGCCUUUGUUUUCCCAUUAUCAUUCUUAUCCAACUUAAUGAAGAAAUCCUCGGAGGAAAAAAUUACCAUUAGGCAGCAAGUGAUAAUUUGGUGGGCAGGUUUGAUGAGAGGUGCAGUAUCCAUGGCACUGGCAUAUAAUAAGUUCACUCGUUCGGGACACACUCAAUUGCAAGACAAUGCGAUAAUGAUUACCAGCACCAUAACCAUUGUUCUUUUCAGCACAAUGGUAUUCGGUUUAAUGACAAAACCUCUUAUAAGCCUCCUGCUGCCACACCAGAGGCAGUUGAGUACAGUGUCAUCAGAUGCAAAUACUCCAAAGUCUCUAACAGCGCCACUCCUAGGCAGUCGAGAGGGAUCCGAAGUCGAUUUAAAUGGUCAAGAUCUUCCUCACCCACCCAGUUUGAGGAUGCUACUUACCGCACCAAGUGAUAAAGUGCAUCGGUACUGGCGCAAGUUUGACGAUUCAUUCAUGCGCCCCGUAUUUGGUGGUCGGGGAUUUGCUCCUCCUGCCCCUGGUUCUCCAACGGAACCGGGUCCAUGAUGAUGUGCACGCGAGAAAUGAAAUUGACGUGAAAAAAAAUGGGCCAAGGGACUUCCAGUGGAUCUUUAAAAACUGUAUGUCUACAGAUUGCUGACAGCAUUAUGAGCUUCACCCAGAUCCUAUAGAUUUAGUGCUGCUGUCA